AUGAAUCCCCCACAUAUUCCUUCCACCCCUUUCCAUUUUCCUUUGCUACAAGUGCAGGACCCCCCCGCUACAGCGACGGCCUUUACAGUCACAGUCUCCUCCACCAUCGCCUCCAUCCCUGCUGCUGACUGGGAUGCUUGUGCGCUAGAACCCCCUACUACAGCGACGGCCCUUACAGUCACGGUCUCCUCCUCCAUCGCCUCCAUCCCCGCAGCUGACUGGGACGCCUGUGCGCUGGACGCGGCGGGCGGCGCGGAGAAGCACAACCCGUUUGUGUCACACGCGUUCCUGCAAUGCCUGGAGGAGAGCAGAAGCGCGUGUCGUGAGGAGGGGUGGUUACCACAGCACCUCGUCGCGAGAGAUGCCGACGAGAGGCAAGCAGCAGCAGGAGCAGCAAUUGGUGGUGGUGAGGGUGGUGCGGAGAAGCACAAUCCGUUUGUGUCACACGCGUUCCUGCUGUGCCUGGAGGAGAGCAGAAGUGCGUGUCGCGAUGAGGGGUGGUUACCACAGCACCUCAUGGCAAGAGACGCCGAGGAGAGGGUGGUUGGCGUGUUGCCCCUGUAUUUAAAGGGCCACUCCUACGGAGAGUAUGUGUUUGAUCACUCGUGGGCCAAUGCGUUCAUGCGAGCGGGAGGUUGGUACUACCCGAAGCUGUGUGGUUUUCUCCAAUGGACACCUCUCCCUUUCCUCCUUCCCUCUUCCCCUCUUCCCCUCGUCCCCACAGCCACUCCUACGGAGAGUAUGUGUUUGUCCACUCCUGGGCGAUUGCGUUCAUGCGGGCGGGAGGCUCGUACUACCCGAGGCUGCGUGGCUUCUUACAGUGGACUUUUGAGGCGCCUCAAAAGGCUUCAUACAGUGGACGAUAAUAGGAGCCUUCAUUUCCUCCUUCCCUCUCCUCUGCGUCCUCAUAGCCACUCCUAUAGAGAGUACGUGUUCGACCACUCGUGGGCCAACGCUUUCAUGAGGGCGGGCGGCUCGUACUACCCGAAGCUGCAGUCCUGCGUGCCGUUCACCCCCGCCACCGGACCUCGCCUGCUGGUUCGUGACGGACCUGACCGCGAGGCUGUGCUGUCAGGGCUGUGCCAGGCCAUGAAGCAAGUGGCGGAUGAGGUGAGGGGGAAAGGGGAGGGGGGAGCGGAAGGGGGGAGUGUAGGGGGAAGUGGGUGGUGUGGGAUAAGAGGGCGCGUGGUUGACUUAGGCGGCUGUGCUGUUUGGGCUGUGCCAGGCCAUGAAACAAGUGGCGGACGAGGUGGGUGUUUGGCGAGAGGGAAAUAUGGGUUUGGAAGGGAGGGAGGAAGGGGAAAAUGGGGUGUGCAAGGGGCAGGGGGCAGGCGGUAG